CCAUGCAACUACCCUUGAUAAAAUAAAUUUCAAAGAUCCACAAAAUGUUCUUCCACUAAAUGAUAUUUAUUUGGGUGCUAAAGUGUCUUUGUCCAAGAGCAAUUUAUCGCAAGAGGAAAAACACAUUUUGCACACGAUGUUUGGAUUUCUUUAUCGAAAGCUGUGUACAAAUCAAUAAACGGUUUGAUUUUGGUGACAAUAUUUUAAAAAAACUAGAGAUAAUAGAUCCUCAUCAAGUACUCUCAGGCAACAACCUCACGAUAAUUCACUUAGCACGACAUUUUCCAAAUUUGAUAAAGGAGUCCGAAAGACAAGUAUUAGAUAAUGAGUGGCGAUUAUUGCGAAAUACAAAACUUACUAAUACAGACACCAUAGAACAGUUCUGGGUUUUUAUUAAAAAUAUGUGCUAUGGAGACUCCACACCAAUGUUUUUAAAUGUAAGUAAUUUUGUAAUUAAUUUAUUGUGCUUGCCGCAUUCCUCCGCAAACGUGGAGUGAAUAUUUUCGCAAGUAAAUUUGCUAAAAACCAAGCAGCGCAAUAAAUUAUCUACUGCCAGUAUUGUGGGGUUGCUCCAUAGCAAAAGUUAUUUGAAUUCAAAAGAUGAAUUAUGUUAUUCUUUGAACUCUGAAGACCUAAUAAAACUACACAAUUCUCAAAUGUAUAAAGCGACUUCAGUGGAUCUAACCGAUUCAGAGCCAGAAUAAUUU